ACAAGUCAAGUAGAGACAACAGAACACAAAUUCCAGAAAGCGACUGCCGAAAUGGGCUAUUAUAAAGAGCUAUUCACAAAGGCAUCAAAAGAAGUCCAGGACUAUCAAAGAGAACUGCAGAAACUGGAAUCUGAUAUUGGAAGAUCAGAAUCUCGAUUCAGUAAUAUUCUGAAAGAACAAGAACAAUCUUUGCUUGCCUGCCAACAAGUAUGCAAACGGUUACAGGAAGAAGUGGUUGAGAAAGAAAGGGAAGAAGGAGGUCUGAAAAAAAGAACCAGCCAUUUGGAGAGUGAACUGGAAACAAUUAAGAAUCAUCUCAGGCAGCGAGAGGAAGAAGUGGUAAUGCUUAAGCAAGAAAGGGAGUCCCAUCAGAGCAGAAUGAAGCAGCUACAGGAAACAUUCAGGCAGAAGGUGACGAAGGAAAAGAACUGGCAGGAAAAGAUUGAAGCUGAUCGAGAAAAAGAAGAAGCCCAUCACAAAGAAGAGAUUCUGAGAAUCAAGGAAGAAGCUAGAAUGGAAUUAGACAUCGAGAAACAAAAGCAUCAGGAAUUGACAGCAAAAUAUCAGAGAGAUCAGGAUGAGCUGCUACACAAAAAGGUACCUUUAUUAAUACACAGUGCUAUUAAUAAUCUGAAAAUGGAAAUGGAAACCCUUGAAAAGGAGCUCCAUGAAGCCCAGACCAAACUCACAGAGAAAAACAAAGAGGAAGAAGAAGAGCGGCGAAGCCUUGAAAAGCAGGUGGCAUACUAUGAGGUCAAGCUAUCAGAAGAGCAGAAUACCCAUCUUGCAGUCACAGAAGACAUGACAGAAGAAAUAAAAAAGAAGUCCCACGAGCUGGAGAAGAUAACCCACCAGCAAUCGCAGUUGAUCCAGAAUUUGCAUCAAGUUCAAGAAGAGAACGCUCUUCUCCAGGACACGGUGCGCAGGGAGUGUGAGGAACGCUAUGAGCUCACCGAAGCUUUGGGCCAUGCCAGGGAACAAGUCGCGGAGCUCAAGAAGCUCGGUGGGAAUUUCCCACUGUCACAGUGUUCCCUCAGUCAGGGCAGCCUCACCUCCUGCGCUGGGCUGGUCAAUGGCCACGGUCCGAAAAGCUCAAAUCGUGGGAGAGGGAGGACGCCCCCGGGACUCUGCGGCGUUUCGAGAACCACCAAAGUACCAUCCUGCUGUUGGUACAAGAGCAGCAGCCACCCAAGUGGGCCUGGCCUUCCCGCACUGCAGCCGCCUAGCGGAAGAGUAUCUUCUCUAGAUGAAUCCAGGAGGAGGAUGGCGGCGGCUAUAACAAGGCAGCUGAGUCAGCAGUGA